AUGACCACCACGAAAAACAUCCUCAUCUUUGGGGCCACAGGCUUGAUCGGCGAGCAUAUCACGCAAGCGAUACUGGACCAGAAGAGUCACUUCGACCGCAUCGGGAUCUACACCUCAGACAACACCCUAUGGACGAAGCAUGAAGACAUCGGCCGCUUGAAGUCCCAAGGCGUGGAGAUCUUCUCUGGCAAUGUGACCUCUCGUGAUGCUGUGAACGAGGCCUACACUGGUUUCGACACCAUCGUCUCCUGUGUCGGACGUUCCGUCAUCCAACAUCAGAUCCAGCUGAUUGAACUUGCGGAAAAGCAUCCCGACGUCAAGAAGUUCUUCCCGUCUGAGUAUGGCACCGAUAUCGAGUACGGGCCUUCUUCUGCCAAUGAGAUGCCUCAUCAGCAGAAGCUCAAGGUCAGAGCGGCGCUGAAGAAGACCAAGGAUCUCGAGUACACGUAUGUGGUUACUGGCCCUUACGCUGAUGCUGAUUCUGGUCUCUUCCUCUCCGCGAGAUCCGAGGAAGACGAACAGAGUGGGACGUUCGACGUCCAAAGAAAGCGUGCGGUGUUGCUUGGGGAUGGCGAGGGCAAGAUUAGCUUGACGACGAUGUACGAUGUUGGACGACUGACUGUUGCUGCACUGCUUCAUUCAGAGGCUGCCAAGGGUCGCGCUUUAAAAGUCAACUCCUUCACAGCUACUCCCAAAGAGAUCGCAGCAGAAUUCGAGCGUCAGUCUGGUGGACAUCAGUGGAAAGUCAGCAUCACAUCACUGGACAAGCUUAAGCAGCUCGAAAGCCGUGCAUAUCAACAAGGUAGUCCGCAAGCUGGUGUACUAACGCUUCGACGUAUAUGGACCGAAGGUGGGACUUUGUACGAGCGACGCGACAAUCAUCUCAUUGGGAUGGAGGACGGUAUGGAGACGCUUGAGGAUGCUGUGAAGAGGGCUAUCGAAGUUCAGAUGGCUUAA